UGUUAUCUCAAGCUGACAAGGAUCUCAGAGCAGACCUGUGGGUGCACCUGCAGAAACCAUGUCACACAACGGCUUAACUAACGGGAGGCAGACGAUGGUGGUCGUGUCCACAGUGGAGGGGUGGCUCGCUCUGAAGGCUCUGCAGGAUAAACAUGUCAAGUUAACCUUCAGUUCUCUGGGAUCAAAUGAAGUCUGUGACAUGACGGUGGGUGGUCACUCGGUUAGUUUGCAUUAUGCAGAUUUAAAGCAGGAGAUGACAGAGGAGGGCAUCAGCCAGGCGAUGGACGGCUGCUUUAAGUCCUGCAAAGAUGGAGUCUGUACAUUUCUGCUGCUGAUCCAAGGUGGACAUUACACAAAGAGGGAGAGAAGAAUGGUGGAGAUCCUGCAGGCACACUUUGGAGCCGAGGCUGUAAAAUACCUGGCAGUCAUCUCUCUGGAAGAUGGGAAGGUUGCUGACAGGCUGGACGACGCCCUGUUGGAGCUGAUAAAGACAUGCAAUGGAAGAUACUGCAGAGUCACAUCACCUGCAGCCAGAGACGAACUGCACGCUCUGCUGGAGAUGGUCGACUCCAUGCUGGCAGAAAACGGUGCGACUGGCUACACAGAGAGCAUGCUGACUGAAGCGGAGAAGAGGAGCACAGAGGACUCAGCCAUGAAGAUGCUGAAACAGAAGGUGCAGGAGGUGGAGGAGAAGGAGCAGACCUUCAAACUACUGGUGCAACAGCAGGAGGAGAGAAGAGCCCGAGAGAUGGAGGAGCUGAAGGCGAAACAUGCUGAAGAAAGAAAGAAGGAGGCAUCUGAAAAGCAGCAAUAUGAGGAAAGGAGAGAAGGUCUGGAGGAGGCUGUGAUGAGCCACAGAGCCAUGCUGCAGCUCCAGAUCAGUCCCAGUGCUGCUGAUGACACCAAGACGACGUCCGUCAUCCUGUUGGGUCUCUCAGGCAGCGGGAAGUCUUCUGCUCUGAACCUCAUCCUGCAGAGAGCAGGUAAUCAGUACUCAGUUACUGAGUCCAGUCAUGGACCCCCUCAGCCCACCUCCUUCUGUGAGAGGAGGGAGGUGUUUGCAGCAGGGAGGCAACUUGUCCUGGUGGACACCCCCGAGCUGUGGGACGAGGACGGGGUGGAAAAUCUGCAGCUGGUGAAGGACUGCCUGGCCUUGUCCCUGCCUGGACCCCACGUCUUCCUGCUGGUGCUCCAAGUGGGCCGCUUCACCCAGGGCGAGUGUGAGAUGCUUUCGCACCUGCAGAAGAUCUUCGGGCGAGAUUUUGCAGAGCACGCCAUCGUCCUCUUCGUUCACUUCGACUGUAACCAGCACAGGCCUCAGAGGAUCGACGACUACGUGGCCGGGGCCCACACAACCCUCCAGGAUCUCAUCAGGAAGUGUGGAUGCCGUUACUACGAGCUGAAUGUGUCAAAGUCCCAGAAUGCUCUGAGCUACCCGCAGGUGAAAGAUCUGCUCUCAGGGAUCAACAAACUGGUGGCUUCACAUGGAGGACGCUCCUACACAGUGAGGAGGUUCUCUGUGCAGGAGCUGCAGGAGAGGAAGACUCUGAUUGGAGGAAGGAAGGAGGGGGCCCUGGAGGGGAACUACUUAUUAAGAGAUGCUUGAGUUCUGUUCUCAUGAGCAGGAGGUGAAUGCAAUGAAUGCAACAUCUAUAUAAUGUGAUUAGAUCCAAUACAACAAUCCAUACCUCCGGUUUCAGUAAACCUCUUGAGGGUUGCAGAGGGGUGGAGCCUGUCCCAGCUGACACUGGGUGAGAGGCCUCUUAAAAAAAUAAAAUAAAAAAGAACUAUCCUUUAAUAUUGUGUCAGAUAAAAGUUGAUGUGUGGGAUCAGUCUUACAGGGAUUUUUCACUGAACUUAACCACAUUGCACAUUCACAGCUUUUCUUGUUGCUGUCAUCAUGGUCUGCUUGCAGAAAACUGUCACUGGAGACAUUACAAUUUAAGAGACUGAUCUUUUUAUAUAUUUGUAAUAAUGUAUUUCACACUAAGUAAACAUUAAUCAAAUGCAGAUGACAUGUACAUUCUGUUUUUAGAAAACUGAUCCCCGGCUGACACAAGCAGUCAAAACUGUUCAACAAAUCAGAAAUGAUUAAUAAAUUUGCCAUUGUGGAAAAAAAAACUUGGUGAUGUGAUUUUUAAAAGAAUUAUUAAUAUCUAUGUUUCAGCAGAGAGCAGAGGAGGGAGGGGAUGAAGAAGCACAGCUGCUGAUUUGAUUUAUUUUUACUUUCUCACUGGUACGAGGACUUAUCUGACAAGUUUAUGAGAUUCACUCGUUGAUAUCUUGAUUGGCCAACAGUCACAUUCUUUA